CUGAUGAUGGAUUAAUUUUAACGGCAUUUCCAAAUACACACUCAUAAAAGCUUUUUUCUGCUUUACAAUGGCUUCUCCUCUACUUUGAUCGCAACUCUCUUUACUCAGAACAGCAAAAGAACCUCAAAUUCUAACAAUGGAAGGUCAAUAUGCACAGCAACCUCGCACUUAUGGACCGCACCAGAUGAAAAUGACGAUUCAGCCCUCGCAGCACUCUGACAAUGACCGGAGCAGUAGCGAGCUCCGUGCACUAGAUUGUAAUCUCUCUUCCCUCUGUGACCACAUCCAGAUGGAGGGCUUUAAUUCCGGCUCCUUCUCCGAUGUCGUCGUUCACGCUAUGGGCUCCACCUACCACCUCCAUCGUCUCAUCCUCUCUCGCAGUUCAUAUUUCAGGAACAUGCUACAUGGUCCUUGGAAAGAAGCUAGUUCUCCUGUUGUGAACUUGCAUGUGGAUGAUAAGAAUGUUAAUGGGGAGGCAAUAACUAUGGCUUUGGCUUAUCUUUAUGGGCAUCACCCCAAGUUUAAUGAUAACAACGCGUUUCGUGUCUUGGCUGCUGCUUCCUUUCUUGACCUUCAGGAUUUGUGUGCUAUAUGCACAGACUUCAUUAUAUCUGAACUGUGGACUUCUAACUUCUUGGCAUAUCAGGUAUUUGCAGAGAGCCAAGAUUAUGGUUUACAUGGAGAGCGUGUAAGAAAUGCUUGCUGGGGCUACCUUUGUCAGAGUGGUGCCAUGGAAUUGAAAGAGGUGCUUCCCAAGCUUUCUUCUCAAACUCUGCAUGCAUUACUGACCUCAGAUGAAUUAUGGGUACCUAGUGAAGAGAAACGGUUUGAAUUGGCACUAUACACACUUCUUGCAAAAGGUGCUCUUUGCAAGACAGAACAUGCUGAGCAAGGAAAUUCUACUCCAGAGAUGGAUGUGGGUAUUCAUUCUGACUCCUCCAAAGCAAAAGGAAAAAAUUUGGUCGAUAAUUGCCCUAGAAAGAGGACAGAAUCAGAGCUAGGACAAUGUUUAAAAGAUGAGCUAAAAGGCCAAAGCAUGAUUCAUGGUCAUAUGGUUGAACUUAUUGAUUCCAUGGAUGACUACCAAGUAGUAGUUUCUGAUUCCAAACAGCCAAAUUUGGACACUGUACAUCCUCAUGGUGUGGAACAAUCUUCAUCAUUGUGUAGCAAGUUCUCAGAAAUGAAUGGAAAUAGAACCUCAUGUUGUUAUGGUGAAAUGCCAAUCGGUGUUGGAGCAAGUGGACUAGGGACCAGUGGGUUGGCCGUGGAGGGGCCAUCUGAAGCAGGCUCAUACAAUUUGAAUAACAACAAUUGGGUUUCAGGUGAUCAAUCUAGGCAUUGCACAUCAAUGGAACAGUCUUGCGAUGGAAUCAUACUCAAUGAUUGGGGAAGAUGCAGUGUGACUCCUCUUUCAUGGGGCGGAAGAGUUGUGGGAAGAAGACAGGUAAAAAGUUAUGCUAAAGGGAAUUUUGUGGUCCAUGGCGAGGACUAUGAUACUUUUGUCAAUAUAUUUGAAGGGGGUUCACUUUUAUAUUGUAACAUGUCUUUUGAGGCACUUUUGAAUGUGAGAAAACAGCUUGAAGAAUUGGGUCUUCCUUGCAAAGCUGUGAAUGAUGGUCUUUGGCUUCAGAUGCUUUUAAGUCAAAGGGUGCAAGAAAUUGGUUUAGAUACCUGUAAAGUUUGCUGCUUUGCAAGUAUGGCAUGCACUUGCAGGCAACCAUUUGGCUUUUCACAAGGAGUUACCACAACAGGUUAUUACAUGCAAGAGCAUGAGCACAAUAAUUCUCCUGGUAGCACAGGAAAUAUAUAUGUUGCUGAUUCUGCUCAAGGUGAGGGUAGUGGCCUACUUAGACCAGUACGAGUGCAUGUUAGGGGACCUAUUGAUGGUCUUGCUGGUAUUGGACGUGGAACUACAUUUGUUCCAACUGCUGCAUGGCCUCCUACACGUUUUGUCUUUUCCCGUGUGCCCUUUAAUAUUGGCAACAGAAAUUGCCAGCAAUCUAUUGCUAAUGAAGAUUCAGAGAGUAGAACUGAUCACAAUGGAGAUCUAUCAGUAGACGGGUUGACUGCCGCUUUGGUUGGUUUAAGCCAAGGAGUUAGCAACACCACAAAUGUUCAUGGAGAGCAUACGGAGAGAGGGUAUGAGACUGAACUGCAAGGAAGAUUGUCUGGAAUGUCUAUUUCAGCACCAAGUACAAGUGGUAUUGCCGUCCAGAUGCUUGAUUCACCAGAACACGCUAUUGGAAUUGACUGGGAGAACACAAACAGUUCCUCUAUAUCUUUAGAUAUGAAAACCCCUUUAAGCCAUUUUCCUCCAUUCCGUUUUGGGGUUGAAUUUGAGGAUGUGCACAGGCUCAGUGAUGGCCAAGUCAAGCACUCUCCAGAAUAUUUUUAUGCUGGUUCUUUGUGGAAGGUUAGUGUUCAGGCGUUUAACGAUGAAGAUCCUCAAGGACGCAGGACCCUUGGAUUGUUUCUUCACCGACGCAAGGCAGAGAUUACUGACUCGCUUAGAAAGGUCCAUAUGUAUGUGGACUCUCGUGAAAAGGUCACUGCUCGUUAUCAGCUCAUAUGCCCAUCAAAGAGAGAAGUUAUGGUGUUUGGAAGCUUUAAACAGCGGGGAACUCUUUUACCGAAAGCUCCUAAGGGAUGGGGCUGGCGUACUGCUUUGCUAUUUGAUGAGCUUGCGGAACUUCUCCAAAAUGGGACUUUGCGAGUGGCUGCUGUAGUGCAGCUUGUGUAAAUUUUAAAAGGUAUACCCAAGUUCUCUGCAGGGAAAAGUGGCACCUGAGUUCUUAGCAGCUAUAAGAAGGUUGAUUCUCUAAAGCAAGUUCAAAUUGGUCUCCAGUGCUGUUUCAGAUGUAAACCAUGGAGUACCCUUGCAUUCAUUGCUUCCUAUUCCUAAAAAUUUUAUUGAUAUAUUCUGAGUCGCAUCAUGCAAUGCCAUUUUUAAUUAUAGAAGAUGCUCUGCUACCAGGGAUCAAGCUGAACUGAACUGAAUGGUUGAGCUCUGGUGGUUGGAUUUUCAAGAGAGGAGGCCUUACUGACAUUUUUAGUUUCCAUCGUGUGUAUUUAUUAUAGAAACAAAAUAUAUGUGAAUAGAUUAUGUUCUGCAUAUAUCAAAGCCAUCACUGGUUCUGCAAGCUUACAUAGUGUUGGACUGUGUAUUGUCUCUGUUUUAUGAAAAUGUUCACAGUUUAUGACAAUGUGUAGACGGAGCUCAACACAAACGCGAAAUUCACUCACUGUUUGCAGAAAUUGGAACCGUCGAGUGUCGCCUUAAGUUUGAAACCAUUGCUGUAAUAUAAAUAGAGAAAAUUAUGAUUUUGUUCUUAUA